CUCUCUCUCUCUCUCUCUCUCUCUCUAUAUCCUUCCCCACACUCUCUCCAUCUUUUAUGUACUCCUCAGAUCUGACCAGAGGAGAAAGAACCAGAGAAAGAACAUGACUGAUCGAGUCUUCCCAGCUUCAAAGCCACCAACCGCCGCUAACGGAGCUCCAACUCCAACCGGUGGUGCCUUACCACCUCCUCCGUCUGUUAACGGUAACGGAACAGCUAACCAGAAACCUCAAAUCUACAUUCCGGCUAACCGCCUGGUUUACCGUCCACAGCCGUACAGCCGCCACCACCACCACCAAACUCGACCGAGCUGCCGGAGAGUCUGCUGCUGCUGCUGUUUCUGGUCCAUCCUCAUCCUCCUCGUCCUCGCUCUCAUGGCCUCCAUCGCCGCCACCGCCGUGUACGUCAUCUACCACCCGCGCCCGCCGCUGUUCUCCGUCCCGUCGCUUCGUAUCGGCCGCGUGAACCUCACCACCUCCUUGGACACUUCCGUCUCGCACCUCUCUUCCUUCUUCAACUUCACGCUGAUCUCCGUGAACCCCAACCAGCACCUCACCUUCUCUUACGAUCACUUCGCCGUCGCCGUUAAAUCCGUUAAAUCUAACGAGAUGCUAGCGAACGGAACGGUUCCCGGUUUUUUCAGCGGCAACGGGAACAAGACGUCGUUUAGGAGCGUGAUCGCGACGUCUACUUCGGCGCGUGAGCUGGAUCCGGAGGAAGCGAGGCGUUUGAAGUCGGAUCUGACGCGGACGCGCGUGGGGUUGGAGAUCGAGAUGCGGACGAAGGUGAAGAUGCAGAUGGGGAAGCUGAAGAGUGAAGGGGUUGAGAUCAAAGUGACGUGUGGAGGGUUCGAAGGGACAGUGCCUAAAGGUAAAGUUCCGACCGUGGCGACUUCGAAACAGACUAAGUGUAAGUCUGAUCUGAGUGUUAAGGUCUGGAAAUGGUGUUUGUAAUGGAAUUUUAUUAUUUUUGGUUGUUUCUAAAUUUGUGAAACUUUUGGAAUGAUCCAAAAGAAGAUUUUUAUUUCUCAGUUGUUCGUUAAAAGUUUGCAGAGGAGAGUCAGAGAGAUGAGAUAAGAUAGUGUUGUUUAGUAGAGAAGGCCCGGAGAAUUUACUCACGGCUUCUAAAAUUUUCUUGGAUUUU